AUGGCCAAGUCCAUGCUCGUCGUGGUCCUCGUCGUGGCGCUACUUGCACUCGAGGCCUCGGCCAGCUUCAACUCUACGGCCGACCUGCCCCGCGACUGCGCCAGCACGCGGCUCUACCGGGUCAAGAACCGCCAGGACCCGGUGCGGGGCGCCAACCUGGGCUCGUGGCUCAUCCAGGAGGCCUGGAUGGUGGGCUGGCUCUGGAACCAGGGCGGGUGCGACUCCAACCAGUACCCCGGGGCCUAUCUGCUCGAGCAGUGCCUGGGCGGCAACGCCUACACCAUCAUCUCCAAGCACUGGGCCACGUUCGUGCAGGAGAGCGACUUUGCGCAGAUGGCCCAGAACAACCUCAACACGGUGCGGCUGCCGGUCGGGUGGUGGCAGAUUUACGACCCGCAGGGAGGCGCCUCCAAGGCCCACCUCAAGCAGUACGUGUCCCCCACCAACUACCUCGUCGGCGGCCUCCACUACAUCGACCAGGCCUUCGCCUGGGGCGCCAAGUACGGCAUCUCCAUCCUACUCGACAUCCACGCCGCGCCGGGCUCGCAGAGCGGCAACCAGGACACGGCCCCGCCGGACAACACGGGCAACAUCUACUGGGACAAGUACGCGGCCAACCCGGCUCAGACCGCCGAUUCGAUCGAGCUCUACGUGCAGCGCUACGCCAACGAGCCCGCCCUCCUCGGCUUCUGCCUGCUAAACGAGCCCGGCCACCAGACCCAAUCGGGCAACAUCAACAUCGACACCGUCCAGGCCUACUACCAGGACGCCUACAACCGCAUCCGCCAGUACACGUCGUCGGCGUGGGUGGUGAUCAACCCGCUCAUCUCGCCGUUCCAGUACGGCACGGAGCCCGAGUGGACCAGCUUCAUGAACCCGGACCAGGGCUACACCAACGUCUUCAUGUCGAUUCACUACUACCACUGCUUCGGCGGCAUGCCCAGCGGCGACAACAACGUCAUCAACUACGCGCACUACCAGCGCCAGCAGCAGAUCGCCCAGUACUACCAGGUCAACCCGAAGCCGAUGCUGAUCGACGAGUGGUCGGCCUGCGGCGUGUCGCCGGGCCGCUACGGCGACAUGAUCCAGGCCCAGGUGGCGGGCUUCGGCCAGGCCGCCGGGUGGGUCUUCUGGGCCUGGUCGCAGACCUGGGGCGGCGACCCCUGGUCCUUCAAGACCGCCUUCCAGAACGGCUGGAUCAAUCCCAGCCAGACCGGCGUGGCCAGCUGCUGA